CCCGCCAUAUCACAGCAGCAACACCAAAGAGAAACGGAAAGUAAAAGGAGACGUGUUUCUCUCUUCCUCUCCUUUGUCGGAAGAAUCGUUAUGGAGUUGCCGGUUGUAGAUCUGUCGCGUUACUUACAAUUCUCGGAUGAUGGGUCGGUUUCUCAACUGGGUACUGAUCUUCUCGACUCUUGCCGAGAGGUGAGUCGGAUCCUGAAGGAAACCGGAGCUCUUCUGGUCAAAGAUCCGAGAUGCUCCGCUCAAGACAACGAUCGAUUCAUCGAUAUGAUGGAGACUUAUUUCCAGAUGCCCGAUGAUUUCAAGCGAUUGCAAGAGAGACCUAAUCUACACUACCAGGUUGGUGUGACACCGGAAGGAGUUGAAGUUCCAAGAAGCUUGGUUGAUGAAGAGAUGCAAGAAAAAUUCAAGACAAUGCCCGAAGAAUACAAACCACACACUCCUAAGGGACCAGAUCACAAGUGGAGAUACAUGUGGAGAGUAGGUCCUCGGCCAUCAGACACACGCUUUAAGGAGCUCAACUCUGAGCCUGUCAUACCAGAAGGUUUUCCAGAAUGGAAAGAAAUAAUGGACUCAUGGGGUUACAAGAUGAUAUCAGCUGUUGAAGUUGUUGCUGAGAUGGCAGCAAUCGGGUUUGGUUUGCCCAAGGAUGCAUUUACAUCACUCAUGAAGCAGGGCCCUCAUCUUCUUGCUCCAACGGGAAGUGAUCUUAGCUGUUACAACGAGGAGGGCACGAUAUUUGCAGGAUAUCACUAUGACCUCAAUUUCCUAACAAUUCAUGGAAAAAGUAGGUUCCCUGGUCUAUAUAUCUGGUUAAGGAAUGGGGAAAAAGUUGCGGUUAAAGUUCCUGUAGGCUGCCUCUUGAUUCAAGCUGGAAAGCAGAUAGAAUGGUUGACUGCUGGAGAAUGCAUUGCCGGAAUGCAUGAAGUCGUUGUCACAAGCAAGACUAUGGAUGCAAUCAAAUUAGCAAAAGAACAAAACCGAAGCCUAUGGAGAGUUUCCUCGACUUUGUUUGCCCACAUUGCCUCUGAUGCUGAGCUGAAACCUUUGGGACAUUUCGCAGAAUCAUCUCUAGCAAGUAACUAUCCGGCGAUACCCGCAGGAGAGUAUGUGGAACAAGAGCUCUCUGUCAUCAAUCUAAAAGGAAAGAAGGGAUUUUCUUAACUUUUCUGUUCAACCAACUAGUUGCAUUCGUGGGUGGAAAACAUAUUCUACUUCCUCCUGAUUCAGAAGAUUUGAAACCUCUGCUUUUGUGGAAGCAGUUGGUUUUGAUAAGUCAGAUGUCGAUCAAAAUUGGGACUUCUACUUGUUGAUUUUAAACGUUUCAAACGUUUCUUUAUCUAUUGCGUUUUAAAUAUGUUGGCUAGCCAUAUCUGUUAUAACCAGAAGUCCUAUUAGACACAUGAUAUCACAAUUUGUUGAAGUAUAUCCCUAACAAGGUGUAGCUUCAAUUGUCAAAAAAAAAAAAAAAAAAA